GACACUGACUUACCUCACACUGACUUUGAAUGCUAUUGUGCUAUUGUUCUGUAUCUAUGUAGUGAGGAACUGUAUUUUUCUGUGUGCAAACAGAUAUUUCGUUUUAAAAUUGUACUGACUGUCAUCUGCUAUCUUUACAGGAAAUAAAGGAAAAAGGAAAGGUGCCAAGAAUGGAUGAUUUUUUAACAACUCCGAUGGAAACACCAAAGGGUGAUGACUACUUAACAAUAACAGAUGACUACUCAACAGGAACAGAUGACUACUCAGACUUCAGCUCCUGUGACAAGAGUUCUGUUAGGGAGUUUCGUAAAUACUACGAACCCCCUCUAUAUGCGGUCAUUGUCUUCCUGGGAGUAGUUGGUAACUUGCUGGUGCUCUGGAUCUAUGUGCAUUUCAAGUCCCGCAAGAAGACCAUGACAGAUGUGUAUCUCAUGAACCUGGCCAUUGCUGACUUGAUGUUCCUGAUGACUCUACCUCUCUGGGCAUCGGAUGCACUGCAAGGGUGGACCUUCGGUUCACUACUGUGCAAGAUCACUUCGGCCUGCUACAAGAUCAACUUCUUCAGCAGCAUGCUACUGCUCACCUGCAUCAGUGUUGACCGCUACAUAGUCAUCGUCCAGACCACCAAAGCACAGAACUCCAAGACCACGAGGCUCCUCUGCAGUAAGCUAGUCUGUUUGAUUGUCUGGCUGCUCGCCGUGUUCCUGGCUGUACCUGAGUUCAUAUUUGCUGGCACAAAGGACAACCCGGAGGAUUCAAGCUGGAAGUUUUGCACCUUGGUCUACUGGGGCAAUGACCACAACCGUACCAAAAUAAUGGUCCUGGUUCUCCAGAUCUUCAUGGGCUUUUACGUGCCUCUGGUGGUAAUGUUCUUCUGCUACAGUUGCAUCAUUCUCACCUUAAUGAAGACGCGGAACUUCGAGAAACACAAGGCCCUCCGUGUCAUCUUGGCAGUGGUUGCAGUUUUUGUUCUCUCUCAGCUCCCUUACAAUGCCAUGCUGAUAGUGGAAGCCACGCAGGCAGCUAACAUCACAAUCACAAGCUGUGACGGAUCUCAAAACUUUGACAUUGCCGCUCAAAUCAUGAAAGGCCUGGCCUACACUCACUGCUGCCUCAACCCCUUCUUGUACGUCUUCAUUGGUGUGCGCUUCCGUAGGGACUUGCUGAAGAUAAUGCAGUACUAUGGAUGUGUGUCACCCAAGAGCAAACUCAGCAAGCUCUAUGGCACUCCAUUCCGGGCCUCCGUCAUGUCUGACACAGAUACCACCCAGGCUCUUUCGCUGUGACACCAUCCACGCAACUAUGUCAGUAGAGAACUGAUUUCAUUGUAAACAGGUCAGACUCAGAUGCUCUCGAGCAAGGGAAAGAAAGCAUUGUCACUGACAGUGUAACUUCAUAUGUGUUGAUAAACAGGAGCUAUUGUUUGAUAGACAAAGUCUGAGGUCUGUUAGAAGUCUGUCCAUACCUACAGGGUGGCAAACUGCAUGGAGCAUGCCAAAUCCUUGGUUAAAAAACAGACAAGAGUUGUUCUGAAGCUAUUAUGGUGGUAGUGGACCAUCUGAUGGAUCCAUGUGUACUGAGCCCACUUUUGGGUGAACUUGUUCUAAAGAAAUGUGAUCUGUACAUAUCUUCAGGCAUCUCACAUCUCUCUUUUAGCAUUAAGAGUGCUGUGUUACUGUAAUUUUGUUGAGGUAGAACCAUUCCAGAAACAACUGUUCUCUUUUGAACUCUUCUCUUCCUAACAGCCUCACUGCUGUGUGCUCAGUCACAGAUAUGUAAAUAUUUUUGUUUAUCCGUUUGGAGCUGAAACUGUAUUGCUGCUGGUCAUGAUGUAUUUGCUGCUAGUCAUGAUGUCUUUGCUGCUGGUCAUUUGCUUAUGUUUUGAAUAAAAUAUGUAAAUAAAUAAACUGAUAAUACCACCUUG